UGAUUCUAGUUAGCGAUUGUCUUUAAAACAAUCGAUAAUAAUGGAAGAUUAUUUAUUAGCUAAUGGGUACUUUGACGUAACAGAACUACUGAUGCAGAAACAAUCGGCUUGGAGGUUCCGAAGUUCGAGUGUCGGGCUUAUUAAAGUUGAACCAAACAAUGAUGAUUAUUCCAUGAACAAUGGAGAUUUUGAAAACUCUUCUUCGGCAGAUUUACUUCCUUUUGGAAAAUCUGAUGAAAAAACUCAACUUUUCUUAAAAGAAAUUUUCGAAAUACUUUUAAAAUAUAUUUCGAAAAGUUUUGACCGAAAAUGUAAGAUUCUUGAUUUUCACCAUCCACAUCAGUUGUUGGAGGGGAUUGAAGGAUUUUCAUUGAAUAUAAAUGGUGAAGCCGAGUCAUUGGAACAAAUACUGGUGGAUUGUAGAGACACUUUAAAGUAUGGGGUUAAAACUGGCCACCCUCGAUUUUUCAACCAACUAAGCAGCGGACUUGACAUUGUUUCGCUCGCUGCUGAUUGGGUGACGUCGACGGCUAACACUAAUAUGUUCACAUUUGAAAUAGCUCCUGUGUUUAUUUUAAUGGAAGACGUGAUUAUUAAACGCAUGAUGAAAAUAAUUGGAUGGGAAAACAUAGACGGAAUAUUUUCACCAGGUGGUUCAAUCAACAAUCUAUAUUCUGUGAUGUUGGCACGCCAUAAAAUAAUGCCGGAUGUCAAACAUAGCGGCUUGCGAGGAUUUCCACAAUUAGUCAUGUUUCAAUCUAAGCAUGCACAUUAUUCCAACAAACGACCAGCAGCGAUUCUCGGGAUUGGUUUGAACAAUUGUAUCGACAUUGAAGUAGAUGAAAGAGGGCAUAUGAAACCAGAAGAUCUUGAAUUAAAGAUCCUCCAAUCAAAGUUGGAUGGUAAAGUUCCUUUUUAUGUAACGGCCACGGCGGGAACCACUGUUCGAGGAGCUUUUGAUGAAAUUGUAAAAAUAUCAGAAGUUUGUAAGAAAUAUAAGAUCUGGCUUCAUGUGGAUGCUGCCUGGGGAGGAGCAGUUAUGAUGUCACAGAAACAUCGACACCUAGUGGCAGGAAUUGAAAUGUCGGAUUCGGUGACGUGGAACCCCCAUAAGAUGGUUGGGGUCGUCUUGCAAUGUUCGAUGUUUUUGACAAAACAUAAGAGGCUUCUAGAAUCCUGUAACAACAUGCGAGCUGAUUAUUUGUUUCAACAAGAUAAGCAUUAUGACAUCACAUAUGAUACUGGUGACAAAACAAUCCAAUGUGGUCGACAUGUUGACGUUUUUAAAUUAUGGUUGUCAUGGAGAGCAAAGGGAGACAAAGGGUUUUGUCAUCAUGUUGAAAGAUGCAUAGAGCUUGCAAGAUAUUUGGUUCGAAAAAUCAAGAAAACUCCAGGAUUUCAACUUGUGUUCCAGGAGCCGGAAUAUUCGAACGUAUGUUUCUGGUAUUACCCUCCAUCUAUUCGAAAUAUUUGCGACGAAGUGAUCAAAAAUGAAAAACUUGGAAAAGUAGCCCCGAUAAUUAAAUCCCGAAUGAUGGAACGAGGCUCGAUUAUGAUUGGCUAUCAACCCUUGGGGUCAAAGGUCAACUUCUUCCGGUGUGUCAUUAGCAAUUGCGCUGUUAAUUACGAUGACAUUGAUUUUAUGGUGGGCGAGAUUGAACGACUCGGACACGACAUUGAUAUGUAACAAUGUUCUUUGUUUGUUCUUUAUUUAUUUGUUACGUAACAAUCAACAUCACUGUGGAGUUUAUUAUUACACCAUAAUCGUUGUAAAUUAAAUCUACGAAGUGGAUUGCGCAAUCCA